AUGCGCUCCGCGGCCGUGUGCAUCGCCUUCGUUUUGACAUACACAAGCGGAUCGUUUGUCGCGGGUUUGCGAUAUAUCGAUCCACAGGCGGCAAGUAAAGCUGACAUCGGCAACACACGAUUGGACCUGACUGAGCCAACAUGUGACGAGUUGCGCGCUAUGUGGAGAUAUACGAAGAGACAGAUCAGAGCCGCUAAAACCACUAACGGAUUCUCGAUGUACUCAUACAAUCCCAAUAUAUGGCAGCAGCGUGGUACAAUGUACAAACCCGAUUCGAAAUUAUCCAGAGGAUAUACGCGAGAUAUUGUCGCACCUACACGACUGAAAUUACGAGAAGAGUUGGAAGGGAGACACGCUGGACGACCGCGCAAUCGGGCCGCAGGAAGUCCGAUUUAUGGAAGGAUGGUGCAUAAGGGUCCACCAGGAAUUAGAUGGCGAAACGGAAUGCGGGGGCCUUCGCGUAUGAAGGUAAUCGAGGAUCUCUCGCGACAUUUUGGGACUGUGAAUACGGGACCGUACAAGAUAGCUACUCAAACUAAGUUGCGCGGCGGCGGCGUCUCUUCACUGGUUCCUCAAUCCGGCAGAUUUGAAACGCUCAAAAAUCUUAUCCAAGUCGAGAGAGCACGCGAAUUACAGGAGCAACAUAUAGCUGAGGAAGAAAUGAAACAGAAUGCUUUUAAAGGCAAUAAAGACCUAAUAAACGAAGAGCAAUUAUUGAAUAGACAACAGUUGCGAAAACAAUUCUUCAACCCGCCACUCUUAGAAAUGACACCAAAUGUCAAUUACGAUUACAAUCAGCGACGUUAUAACAAUCCGCCUAAUAUUGGUCAAGCUUGGUCGGUAUGUUCUUUCUUUACCUCUACAGGAGCGGACCUCUCUCACGAGAGUACAUGUUAUCUUAAGGUGAUGCGAAUUGCUGUGAGGAAACGGUACAAAUCCGAAAAAACUGCCGCAUGCAUACUGGUAUUUCUGACUGUUUUGCACGAUGCAGUUGCAGCCAAUUGCAAGUGA